GGGCAUUUCCGCAGGUCGUCUUUACUUUGAAAUCCUCCAGCGGAAGCUGUAAUCUCGCGAGGCUAGUUUAGCUCGACGAAGCCGGAGCGCGUCUGGGCGUCUCUGGGCGGUUCCGUCGCGGCCGACAGCUUCGAGGAAGAAAGCGAGGCAGCAAAACUCCCAGCUCAGACGCAAAUAUGGCGCCGGCGUGCCCCAGCGAGAGCCGCGGCUGAAAAGUGUCCGGCGACGGCGACGAACUUUCACUCGGCGUCGAGCCGAACGAAGUACGCGGAGGUGAACUCGCGGCCGUCCCGAGUGUGCGAAACUCGACGAGGCGGGGGCUGAACGGCGACCCGGUCGCAUGUCAACAUCAACAGCCGGUGCGCGUCCCGCCAUGACCAAGGACAAGGGCCACCGCGUAACCGACUACUUCGUGGUCGCCGGCCUGACGGACAAGUCGGCGGCGCCGGAGCGCGACCUCUCGGAGGCCAAGUCCGGCGGGCCCAAGGCCCCCAUCACCGACUUGGCCGUCAUCAACCGGUCAGCGGGCGAGGCGGUGCCCGAGGGCUUCACCUGCAUCGACAGCACCCACGCCGGCCAGCCGGCCAACCUCAACCACGGCAGCCUGAAAAGCCCCGAGCUCUUCCUGUGCUACAAACGGAGUCGAGGGAAGCCGCCGCUCAUCGACGUCGGCGUCCUGUACGAAGGCAAGGAGCGCCUCAUCCAGGGCUGCGAGGUCAUCCAGGCCACGCCGUACGGCCGCUGCGCCAACGUCAACAACAGCUCGGCCGCCUCGCAGCGCAUCUUCGUCACCUUCCGCCGCGCUCCGCCCGUGCAGCCGCAGAACUCCCUGGCGGUGACCGACAUCUGCGUCAUCGUGACCAGCAAGGGCGAGACGCCGCCGCACACCUUCUGCAAGGUGGACAAGAACCUCAACUGCGGGAUGUGGGGCUCGAGCGUGUUUCUGUGUUACAAGAAGUCGGUGUCCGCAUCCAACUCCAUCACUUACAAGGCCGGUCUCCUGUUUCGCUACCCAGAGGAGGACUACGAGUCUUUCCCCUUGUCGGAGUCGGUUCCUCUCUUCUGCUUGCCCAUGGGGGCCAAGAUUGAAUGUUGGGCGCCGAACACCCUCUCCCCUCUCCCCGUCUUCUCCACCUUUGUGUUGACCAGCAGCUCGGGUGAGAAGGUGUACGGCUCGGCCAUCCAGUUCUACGAGCCGUACCCGGCGGAGCUGCUGAGCGAGAAGCAGAAGAUCCACCUGGGCCUGCUGACCGCCGUGGAAAAGAAGAUGAUCCCCAACCGGCCCUUGAACACCAACAAGUGCAUCUGCCUCCUCUCUCGCUGGCCCUUCUUUGAAUCCUUCCGCAAAUUCCUGAUGUUCCUCUACAAGCUGUCCGUCUCGGGCCCGCACCCGCUGCCCAUUGAAAAGCACAUUUCACACUUCAUGCACAACGUGUCCUUUCCGUCACCGCAAAGGCCUCGGAUCCUCGUCCAGCUCUCUGCACACGACACCUUGAUCCUCUCCCAGCCCGUCUCCACACCUUUACCGCUCAGCGGCGCCGACUACGGCACCCUGUUGAUGAACCUGGGCUCGGAGAACUGCGCCACGUUGCUGCACUUCGUCCUGCUGGAGAGCAAGAUCCUGCUGCACUCGCUGCGGCCGGCGGUGCUCACCGGCGUGGCGGAGGCCGUGGUGGCGAUGAUCUUCCCCUUCCAGUGGCAGUGUCCCUACAUCCCUCUGUGCCCCCUCUCCCUAGCGGGGGUCCUCAACGCCCCGUGUCCUUUUAUCGUGGGCGUCGACUCCCGCUACUUCGAUCUCUACGACCCUCCGGCAGACGUCGUCUGCGUGGACCUGGACACCGACACCAUCUACCUGUCUGACGAGAAGAAGCACAAUAACUGGAAGAACCUCCCGAAGAAGCCCUGCAAGAGCUUGCUCAACUCCUUGAACAGUUUGCACCAGCAGCUGGCCACAGUUUCAGUCCGGCAAAGUGCGCCGACGGACUCGGCGGUGGACAUGACGCCCAUCGAGGCCGACUUCAGCUGGCACAAGAGGAGGACCGGCCUGGAGAUGGAGAUCCAGGAAGCCUUCCUGCGCUUCAUGGCGUCCAUUCUCAAAGGCUACCGCUACUACCUGAAGCCCAUCACCCAGGCGCCAUCUGAGAAGGCCACGGCCGCCGACUCCCUGUACGACCUGCAAGGUUUCCUCAAAAGCAGAGACCGGGCUCACCAGAAGUUCUACUCGCAGCUGACCAAGACCCAAAUCUUCAUCCGCUUCAUCGAGGAGUGCACUUUUGUCAGCGACAAGGACACCGGCCUGGCCUUUUUCGACGACUGUGUCGAGAAGCUCUUUCCCUCGUGCAAAAUCACCGACAAGGGCGCCAAGGUCGAAGGGGAAUCGUCGGAGGACGCCCGCCUGUUGGAGUUGGACGAGUCGCAGAAGAGCGAGCACACGGUCUUCGUGACGCCUCCCGAGCCUCCGGCCGAGGACGGGCACGAGCCGCGGCCCAGAUACACUUACAAAGGUUUCCCCCGACUGAAGACGGAGCUGUUUGAGCGUCCCAAGGAGUUACGGCCGGCCAUCAGCAGCAGAGCGGCGGGCGCCAGUCUCGCCAGCAGCCCCGCGCUGCUGGCCAAGCGGACCAAGCAGGAGAUCAAACUGGCGUCCAGACUGGCAAAGCGCUUCUACGCCGACCCGCAGCUGUGGGCCCGCUGUCUUUUCAGCCACUGCUACAGCCUGUGGUUCAUCUGCUUGCCGGCCGCCGUCCGGCUGGCCGGGUCCAAGAGCCGCGCCAUGCAGCAGGCCUACGAUGUCCUCUUGAAGAUGAGGACGACCGAGGUGGAGGUUUUGGAUGAGGUGUGUUACAGAGUGGUCAUGCAGCUCUGCGGCGUUUGGGGUCUUCCCGUGAUGGCCGUCCGAGUGCUGGUGGAGAUGAAGAAAGCCGGCGUCCACCCCAACGCCAUCACAUACGGAUAUUACAACAAGGCAGCCUUGGAGAGCCCCUGGCCCAGCCGAAACCGCAGCGGCCUUUUCAUGUGGACCAAGCUUCGCAACGUGCUGCGUGGGGUCGCCCAGUUCAAGCAGAACCGCUCUUUGUCCAGAAAGAAACCUACGGGGUCUGACACGGGAGGCGCGUCGUCGGACCGCUUGAGUCACAACAGCGCAGACGGCUCGGGCGACCUCGAUGCGGAGGAACAACCGUUGGCACGCGACCCGAGAGACGCCCAAUUGGAGCGCUGUCCCGCAAGCAGCCGGUCCGAUCGGGCCCGGGACUCCAAGGAUGAGCUGAACGGGGAAACUGCUGAGUCUCCGCUCUCGGCGGACCUUCCCGACAAGAAGAGACAAAAGGGCAGAAUGCAGCAGAACGCAGAAGGUGACGUCACUGAAUUGGCGGAGCCUGCCGGUUCCGUCGACCCGCCGCCCUCCGUCCCCAGCAUCGUGAAAUUGUCCGUCGGGAGUUUGGACGCUGGCGCCGAACCAGUUAAGGCACAGCUGUUCCGAAGGCACAGCAAGGCCGAGGACGUGUCUCUGCCUGACCACGACGCCUCAACGGAAGCUGACUACGCGGCAGAUCGGAAGCAGCACCAGCAGCAGCACCAGCAGCACCAGCAGCAGCAGCAGCAGAAGAAGCCCUUUGCCGAGCGCAGCAGAAGUUUCAGCGCCGAAACGCGGGCCGGGAUGCUCUCGGAAAAAGGCGUGGCGGACAUGGCCGGCCAGCUCGGCGCCGACGCCCGGAUCCUGGCUGCGGCGCUUUUCCCCGGGCAGACCGCAAACAGUCCGGGCGGCGGUGCGACCAGGGCUAACCUUUUUCAGGACGUGGAGGAAGAACCCGAAGACGUCCAAAGUCCGACUGCGGGGAAACCGCCGGCGGAGGAAGACGAGGGUGAGGGAACCGCGGAGAAGCCGGAGAGGAAGCUGUGUCAAACAAACGAGGACGAGUCUGGAGUGCGCGCGGCCAACCUGGAAAGGGCGGACGUGGAGGUGGGGGCGGAUCCUCUUUCCCUCCUGGCGUCCGAGAGCCCGGAGUCUGCCCCCGUAAACGGCCGGGAGGCUGCCCGCUCCGUGCCCCACGUGGUCUCUCGCAACUUGGCGGAGGAAAUUGAAAUGUACAUGAGCCUGCGGAGCCCCCUGGGCGCCAAGUCCUCCAGCAUGGAGCUCAGGCAGUCGGAGGGAGACUCCGUCGACGCGCCGCGGCCCAAGCAAUCUCUGGAGAGGAGGUCCAGCCUCCCCGCGCCGGCGCCGCCGACUCCCACCGGCUCACCGGUUGACACUCCCGAGCGCAGCCCCGUCUCCAUCACUCGCUCCAAAACGUUCGCCGCAAAGACCAAGCCGUCCCUCGGCAGGAUGGCGAGUCCGUCCCUAAAAUCGCCCCUGGUCAAGUCCUCCCAGGGGGGGUCGCUGGGCUCCGUCAUCAACUCCAUUUCAGCCAUCAAGAUGGACAACUUGUUGUCUGGACCCAAAAUGGACGUGCUCAAAUCUGGAAUGAAGCAAGCAGCCAACGUCGCCAGCAAAAUGUGGGUGGCCGUCGCCACCGCUUACUCGUACUCGGACGAUGAGGAAGAACAAGGUCAAAGCGGAGGAGGCUUCCCCGCCAGCCUGGACGAGCACACGCUGAGCGGUUGCGACGCCGAGGACGGCGCCGUCCCGGUCUCGGUGGCCAGCGGCCUGAACCGGAGCUGCGCCAGCAUCGGCAGCAGCAGCGGGAGCAGCGACGCCGGUCGAGCGGCGCAGCACGCGUACGCGACUCCCGGGCGAGCGGGCAGGACUCCCGACUCUGAGGAGGGCUCGUCGCAUCACGCCUCCUCGUCCAGCAUCUUCCAGAGCGCCGCGCUGGAGGUGCUGAUGUCCAGCUGCUCCCAGUGUCGCUCCUGCGAAGCGCUGGUGUACGACGAAGAGAUCAUGGCGGGAUGGACGGCCAACGACUCCAACCUGAACACAAAUUGUCCGUUCUGUCGCGUGGCCUUCCUUCCCCUGCUGCACGUCGAGUUUCAUGACUUGCGCGCGCUGGCCGGGUUCUACAUGAAUCCCAGUGCCUCCGGGGACAGUAUUCACAGUUGCAGCAGUGGCCAACCGACAGCCCCCAGCGACGUGAGGGCGCAGGACCACGUUGGUUUCGAACCUGGGGAGACUCUGGCUCGCAGCCCCGGAGCGCAAAAAAGUUUGAUUCUGGAGCCGGCGCAGUCAGACCCGCUGGGUCUAGUGGAGCGCCAGGCCUCGGCCAAGGGAUGCGGCGGCACGUCGCUGACGCGCAGCAACAGCGUCGGCGGCCCCCUGCAAGGCCUGGACUCGCCCCUGCGACCCGGUCACGGCGUCUCCACCGCCAGCCUGCCCGGCAGGCUGGACGAGGCCUCGGAAGGAAUGGCGAGCGAAAGGCCGAACCCCAAGCCUGUGUCCGUCCCGUACCUCAGCCCCUUGGUGCUGCGCAAGGAACUGGAGACGCUCCUGGAGAACGAAGGGGAUCAGGUGAUUUACACCCACAAGUUCCUGAGUCAGCACCCCAUCAUAUUCUGGAACCUGGUGUGGUAUUUCCGACGCUUGGACCUGCCCUCUCACUUACCCGGUCUCAUCCUGACCUCUGAACACUGCAACAAUGGCGUGCAGCUGCCCCUGACGUCGCUGUCCCAAGACAGCAAGCACGUCUACAUCCAGAUCCUGUGGGACAACAUCAACCUCCACCAGGAGGCCGGAGACCCCCUCUACCUGCUUUGGAGGAGCUUAUUGGAAAAGAAGGGCACCCUGGCGCCGACGGAUCACCAGGAGAUCCGCACGCUGCUCAACACCAUCGUCCGCAACAUCCAGACCAACGACGUCUACGGGCCCAUCAACCUGCUCAUCCGGGAGGUCAAACGCCGGCCGGAGGACUUCAAGCGCCAGAGGAGUAUCUACCGAGAAAUACUGUUUCUCUCCCUCGUGGCCUUGGGACGAGAGAACAUCGACGUAGAGGCUUUCGACAGGGAGUACCAGCUGGCCUACGAGGAGCUCAGCGCCGAGCAGCUCGAGUCUCUGCGGCCUUUGGACCGGCCGCCCGCCCCCAGCGUCCAGUGCUGCCUCAAAUGCUUCGGCACCCCGUUCAUCUAAUCACUUCCGACGAGCGACAAGUGGGUGUCCGCGGAAAGCCGCUUGAGCGUGAACCUCUUUAUCCGGCUUCAUGUACUAGUACGCUCUUGUUCCUCACCCGGAUUGACAAUUCUGUCUCCCGCCGGUCAUCUUCUUUCCAGUACUGUGUGACAUUUUUUUGCCCAACUAUGUAAGGCAAAUACUGCUAGUCGCCUAGCGCUAGAUGUUAAGUAGAAUUACAUAUGGUCAGUCAUACCCCGAGUCGCACUAGUACACGGUUUUGCCAUACUAGUAGCAUGUUGCCGUGCUACUCGUAUGCCGCUGUUGGAAUACUAGUGAAGACAAAGAGCGUGCCGAUGAACUGACGUCGAGCUGCGUUGAGUGAAAUGCUCAAAUGGCUUCUCGUACGGUUUUCUGGAAAGCCGUUUGAGAUCGCACUUUGCGCCCACACGCUAGUAUUCUCCUUGUCUUCACUAGUCAGACAAUUUCGCCCACAAAUAGAAGGAUUUGUAACCUAGUAGCCUUAUUGUACACAACAGCAUACAUCCCAAUUGAUUAACUAGUGAGGAUGAAGCGUGUACUAGUACACUGACCUUCAGCUGGACAUCGCAGAUCAGGAAUAAAUGCUCAAUGGGCUCUCUGGAGAUGUCAGUUGUGACUUCUGAGGACGCAGUACCCGGCGUCGCCUGCGAGUAGCGCUGUUUCCGCGCUGACGGAUUCCCCAGCGAUUUGUGUGUCGCGUUUGCUAGCUCGAAAGGGAAAGACAAAAAAAAAAAAAACCCAAAACAACCUAAAGAGUGAAUCGUGUUUGGGCAACGGCCGGGUCGUGAGAAAAGACUGACACAAAAUGUGCUCAUUAUUCCUCACUUUGGCGACAAAUUUUGUGCCGACGUGCUCGCAUUGUGUGCACAUGUUACGUCUGUGCUGUUGGACAAACGAAGCUAGCAUUUUGUACAGAGGCCGCGUCUACUGUAUUUCCCUGCGACAAACGAGCAUUUUAUGCGCACGCGAGUCCCGGCCCAAAGUCGCCGUCUGGUCUUUUCCCAGUUUGUGCGCGUACUGCCGACGAACGCGUCUGAAAACAUUCCAGGCCGACGGCGGCCGCAACGGAAGAGGAGCGAGGACGCGUGACGUCCGACACAUUCCAUUUGCGAAAAGUGGCGCCACGCUGAUUGAAGACGGGAUGAUGCCACCUCGCAAUCUUAACAAUUUGCUUGUCUUACGAAAAAGAAAAGAAAAGAAAAGAAACUCGAGUUUCUCUAUUUAUUUUUGUAUGAUUGCAGUCAUUACAGUAAGUUUUAUAUGACUAUCCUAACAUCCCUUUUUAAUGUUUAAUGAGAGAUUUCAACCUCUACUGAUUUCUCAAAAGUGAUCUCUCACCGUCCUGUGGUCGAAAAUUGAAUGUCUGCACAGAAGUAUGCUGCAAUAAACAAGUAUGUGACGCGUUGGAAA